GCAUAAAAAAAACACAAAUCUAUGGUUUCUUUGUCUAUGUAAUUUGACAUUGAGUGACAUUGACAAAAAUUUGUUUGCCACGAAAUUUAAAUUAACCUUUAAUCGUAAAUUGUUCUAAGUUUAAUGCAAUAAAGUGUUAUUAAUAUUUGAAGUAGAAAAAAACAAACAUCAUGGACGAAUUUCUCGCUACUACAUCUAAUAAACUGAAAACAAACAAUUACGCCGAUCUUACAAUCAUAUUGGGUAACGAAAGUUGUGAUCUAGAUUCCGCAGUUAGUGCUUUAGUAUACGCUAUGUUUCUGAACUGGCAAUACGAAAAGAUAAAAUGUAAAGUCUGUACAAAGGAUAAAAGAGUUGAUCACAAGGAUAAUAUAUUUAUACCAGUACUUGAUGUUAAUAGAGAAGAUUAUAGUUUGAAGACCGAAGUGGCUUAUUGUUUAAAUGAAAAUAAUAUUAGUGAAGAUAAUUUAGUAUUCAGAGAUGACAUCGAUCUAAAAAAUCUCGUAACAAACAAAACGAGUAUAAUAUUAGUUGAUCAUCAUGUAGUUGCUAAAAAAUAUGACUUUUUAAUACCGUAUGUUAAUGAAAUUAUUGAUCAUAGACCGAGAGACAAGCAAUGGAACUAUAAAGAUGAUGCAAGAAGCACUAUAGAAAGUGUAGGGUCCUGCGCUACUUUAAUUUGUCAGAGAAUUAAAGAUCUAAGUUACUUAAUGAAUAAAGAUAUAGAAUUUUUUACAACAUAUCCUGUAUGUUGUAGAUUACUAUAUUGUACUAUAUUACUAGAUACAGUUAAUUUCUCAAAAGAAGUGAAUAAAGGAACACCACAUGAUAAAGAAAUGGUAUUAUUUUUGGAAACAAUUCUAAAACCGGAUGAUAGAGAGAAUUUCAGGAAAUCAACAGUAGAUAAAUUGGUGAUCGCAAGAAGUGAUGUAACAAAAUUGAGCGCAGCACAACUUUUAAAAAAAGACGUGAAAAUUGUCGGUGAUGUAUUAGUACCGAGCUUUCCUAUACCAGUCAAGGAAUUUCUAAAUAAACCUGGUGCUCUACUGGCAGUUAGUGAAGCCCUAAAUAAUCGGGGCUGCGCCAUCGCAUUGUUGCUGGGUAUGCGAUUGACUCCAAGUCUCGUUAGAGAUGCAGCUGUGUACUCUACUAGUUUAACAGAGAAGGCUGGAAAGCUGGCAAAAUAUAUACAAGACAGCAAUAAUCCAACAUUUGGUUUGACUCCUGAAGUAUUUGAUGGUUCAGAUAAUUGUGAAUAUUACAAUCAAACUAAUUUAGGACUAACAAGAAAGCAAUAUAUUCCUGUAUUAACUAAUUUCUUACAGAAUUAUAAAUAA